AUGGUGCGCCCAGGCGGGAAAAGGAUUCAAGGCUUCGAGAGCGCCGGAUGGCCCAUGUCUCUCAACGCUGCUGCAUAUUACCUGCUUCGUACACGUAUGGACUACAAGGCAAUUAUUCGCCGAGUUCUUGGCUUUAACCCGGGAACACGGCUAAAGCUGCUUGUCCUGGCCUUGAAUGGAUCAACAGCUCUGGUGGGACGCGAUCCGGCGUAUUUGGAACUCGAACACACUGUGGCGGUGGAGGCGCAACUGGCUAUUGUCGACGCCUGGCUGCGACGUGUGUCUCGUGCUGAGACCUGUCAAUCCGACAUGACGGUCCAGCCAGUGGAUGCGGGAACCCCCUCUGCCAGUGAGAUCCAAAAGCUCGCAGCACCUGUACCGGACGACCGGCAGCAUAUCCUUGCAUGUCUCAAGCCACUGUGGAGAAGCUCACAGACGUGGCGCCAUUUCUCCAAGAUUCGCCCUUCCAAGCUGCCAAGUUCUGCUCUUUAGGUGGGGGGCUCGGAGA